AAAAAGUAGUAGCUCUUGAGAUUCCAAAAAAGCUAGAGUGAAUUUUGACAGGCCUUUUGCCUCAAUUGACAAAUCUCACAACCAUGUUCGACACGGUUUGCACCCUGCCGCUAUCAGCGGACCUGUUCUCACAGGCCAUUCACCCCAACGAACCCAUAGUCUCCGUUGGUCUUGCUACCGGCCACGUCCAGACCUACCGACUGCCCUCCGAAGAGACAGACAGCGACGAUGACGGGGCCUCGACCUCUUCCUCCCGCAAUGGCAAGGGCCAUAUUGACACCAUGUGGAGCACGAGACGACACAAGGGCAGCUGUCGGUGUUUGACAUUUGCGUUGGACGGCGAGACGUUGUACUCCGCGGGAACGGAUGGGCUGGUCAAGGCCGCGAAGGCGGCGACCGGGGUUGUGACGAACAAGAUCGCGAUCCCCACGGCAAAGGAUGGAUCUGUCGACGCUCCCACCAUUGUACACGCUCUUUCUCCGCAAACACUCCUCCUCGCCACCGACUCCAGCGCUCUUCAUCUCUACGACCUCCGCACCCCGUUCUCCAAAGUCUCGGCCAAGCCGCAGCAAUCGCACCACCCUCACGACGACUACGUUUCCUCGCUCACGCCUCUUCCCGCGUCCGAUACCAGCACCUCUGGGUUCAGCAAGCAAUGGGUGACCACAGGUGGUACUACACUGGCCGUCACGGAUCUGCGUCGGGGUGUGCUCGUGCGCAGUGAGGACCAGGAGGAGGAGCUAAUCAGCUCCGUAUACAUCGGCGGGCUGGCUUCGAGCGGGACGAGCCGCGGGGAGAAGGUGAUUGUGGGUGGCUCCAACGGCGUGCUGACGCUGUGGGAAAAGGGCGCGUGGGACGACCAGGACGAGCGCAUCUAUGUCCAACCCCGCAGUGGUGGCGCCGACUCCCUGGAGACGCUGACGGUCGUGCCGGAGGAGCUCGGCAAGGGCAAGAUGGUCGCCGUGGGAAUGGGCGGCGGUGCAGUCAGGUUCGUCCGCAUCGGUAACAACAAGGUCGUCUCUGAGGUCAUGCACGAUGAGACGGAAGGCGUGAUUGGGCUAGGCUUCGACGUCGAAGGGCGCAUGGUCAGCGGAGGUGGCCAGGUGGUCAAGGUCUGGCAUGAAGCGGUUGGUUCAAGCGGUGCCAAUGGCUCUUAUUUGGGCGACAAGCGCAGGUACGGCGAUAGUGAUGACAGCGACGAUGACGAGGUUGACAGUGAUGCCGAGUCUGGAGAUGAUAGCGAAGAGGAAAGACCGCAGGCGGUGCAGGCCAAGAAGCGCAAGAAGGGCAAGGGAGGCAAGGGAGGACAGCAGAUCAUGGCUUUCGCUGAUAUGGACUAAGUGAUACCCCCGGGAAAAUGAACAGUGGUGAUACGGUGGCAUCGAAGAGGUAUAAGGUAUAGUGAUGCCCUCCUUGAUGACUUCAAGCAAGUCGCGUGGAUGUCAUAGCCAUUGAAAGAGCAAGUAUAACACACUCUAAUACAAACCAAG